AGUUCAUAAUCCAAAAACAGAUCUUGAGAACAUCAGAUUCAUCUUCCUCUCUAUUCAUUCACAUCUCACUCUUAAGUCCUGUCUCAUUCUCACAUCCCAAAAGAACAAAACCACCAAAACCACUUCAUAACAAAAACCACAGCAGUCACAAUCACACACACACUGACACUGAAAUCCAGUUACACAUUUUCUGACUCCACAACAAACAACUCUGCACACUAUUUCCAUCACAGAAUUUCACAACCACCCUUUUCACUCUCGCAAUAAAAAACCAAUCUUGACAUCAAAACUUAAAGACCCAAAUGAUUUUUUGAUCAGAUCCAUUUUCUUCCUCAAAAUGGGUCACUCCAAUUUCCCACCUUGGAAGCGCACCAACACACGUCAAUGGCGACUCAUAGACCUCAUUUCCAUAGCCUUCUUCUCCUUACUCUUUCUCUUCUUCAUCUUCUUUUACACCACUAUCAGCGAUUCCCUCGCCGUCUCCGGUCGCCGGGCUGUUGUCCCCUCCACCGUCGACCCGCAGCAGCGCAACCGACUGGUGGUGGAGAUCGAGACGGGGCUGUCGAAUGGGCGGACUAUUGAGGCUUGUUCUGCUGAUGAGGUGGACCAUAUGCCGUGUGAGGAUCCAAGACGGAAUAGUCAGCUUAGUAGGGAGAUGAACUAUUAUAGGGAGAGGCAUUGUCCUCCGCCGGAGGAAACACCUCUAUGCUUGAUUCCUCCGCCUAGUGGGUACCGGAUUCCGGUUCGGUGGCCAGAAAGCAUGCAUAAGAUAUGGCAUAGCAACAUGCCACACAACAAGAUUGCAGACAGGAAAGGUCACCAGGGAUGGAUGAAGCGAGAAGGUGAACACUUCAUAUUUCCUGGUGGUGGUACAAUGUUUCCAGAUGGAGCAGAGCAAUAUAUUGAAAAACUUGGUCAAUACAUUCCCAUAAAAGGAGGUGUUCUGAGGACUGCACUUGACAUGGGAUGCGGGGUUGCUAGUUUUGGAGGAUAUUUACUAGCUCAAAAUAUUUUAACCAUGUCUUUUGCUCCAAGAGAUUCACAUAAAUCACAGAUACAAUUUGCCCUGGAAAGAGGAAUACCGGCUUUUGUUGCUAUGCUUGGCACUCGAAGACUACCAUUUCCUGCAUUUGGAUUUGACUUAGUUCAUUGUUCUCGGUGUUUGAUCCCGUUUACAGCCUACAAUGCAACUUAUUUUAUUGAAGUGGAUAGAUUACUUCGUCCUGGUGGAUAUCUAGUCAUCUCCGGUCCUCCUGUCCGGUGGCCUAAACAGGAAAAAGAAUGGUCAGAUCUCCAGGCUGUGGCAAAAGCCUUGUGUUAUGAACAGAUUACUGUUGAUGGUAACACUGCAAUCUGGAAGAAGCCAGGAGAAGAUUCAUGUCUUCCAAACCAAAAUGAAUUCGGUCUCGAGUUAUGCGAUGAUUCCGGUGACCUAAGUCAAGCUUGGUACUUUAAAUUGAAGAAAUGUGUAAGUAGUAUGUCGUCUAUCAAAGGAGAUUAUGGUAUUGGAACAAUUCCCAAAUGGCCAGAGAGGCUAACUGCUGUGCCUUCGAGGUCCACUCUCCUGAAAACUGGUGUCGAUAAAUAUGAGGAUGACACUCAGCAGUGGAUAAAGAGGGUUGCACACUAUAAAAAAUCUCUAAACAUAAAGUUGGGGACUCCAUCGAUACGCAACGUUAUGGACAUGAAUGCAUUAUUUGGGGGCUUUGCAGCAGCCUUAAAAUCUGAUCCUGUGUGGGUAAUGAAUGUAGUCCCAGCUCAAAAGCCACCGACUCUUGAUGCGGUCUUUGACAGAGGCCUUAUUGGGGUGUAUCAUGAUUGGUGUGAACCAUUUUCAACAUACCCUCGAACUUACGAUCUGAUCCAUGCGGUCAGCAUCGAAUCACUUAUAAAAGAUCCAGCUUCUGGUAAAAGCAGAUGUAAUAUAAUUGAUAUGAUGGUGGAAAUUGAUCGAAUUUUGCGGCCGGAAGGAAAGGUUGUGGUAAGGGAUGCUCCCGAAGUAAUCGACAAAGUAGCUCACAUUGCUCACGCGGUAAGAUGGAAGUCGAAAAUUUAUGAUCAAGAACCUGAUUCGCACGGCAGAGAAAAAAUUCUAGUUUUGACCAAGACCUUAUGGAAACUCUAAUUCUCAUUCCAUUGACAGCUGUGUAAUUGUGGUAAAGAUAUCUUCUCUUUGCAUCAUGGAAUGCAUUUUUCUAACUUGUUCAAUAUACAUAUAAAGAAGCUAUUAAUGUUGGAAUUGACAAAAAUGGGAAAAAUUCUUGUGCAGUUUUAUGUGGAAAGCACAAGCCUGUGUUCAUUAUAUUU